AUGGCAGAAGUGACGCCACUGUUUAUUACGUUGAUUGGUAAAGAUAACAGACCAAUUCUGAUACAUUCGGUGGGUACCGGAAUCAAAGACGUGAAUGAAGAAUUGAAGUAUAACACGCUGUCUAAUAUUUCGUUGGAUUACUUCGAGAGUAAACUGUUCGAUUGGAAUAUAUCUCCUGAAAAUGCAAGCCCGAUGAAUAUGCUGUUCGAAAUUGAGGGGGUGUGCGUCUUUGCCAUGUGGAUCAAACCGACGGGGCUGAAAAUCGUUCUUGGAUUUGAUCCAUCGCUGCCCUUUGAUCGAGAGAACGACCCGUCAAUACUGAACGUGUUCCAAAGGGUGAAAGAAAUGUAUUCCAGGGUGAAAACAAAUCCUUUCUUGAACCUACAGGAUGAAGGUAACGAAAAGUUGGCAAUUGGGCUUGAGGAGAAGUUGAAAGCUGAGUAUAACUAG